UCGGUAACAUCAAAGUAAUCCAAAGCUUUCUGUUUUGAUCCGAAUGGAUAAUCCUUAAGAAUGCAGUUUUAACACAUUAAUCGGCAGAUUUUCAAAACAGUUUCAUCAGUCUAAACCCGACAAUCGGGAUAUUCCCAUAUUUACAUAUCAAGGUUGAAAGAGUUAAAAUCGAUAUUCGAAUAUCAUUCCAGCUACCAAACCUGAUAAUUUGAAGAUAUUGAGGUUGUACAAUACAUUGGGGAUUCUAAUGAGGAAUCAGAAUAGUGCAACGUCUUUAAUAAAUACACAAGAUGGAAUUGUAUUAUUAAUGGGUCAACUAUCUUAAAGAUAUGGGAUCUUCGUUUUAUCUCCGGUUUGUGUAUAUGAUUUGUUGUGGAUUCUUAGUAUGGGGCUACCCACCAGAGAUCUUUAAUAAAUCUUAUGAAUAUAUUCAGUGUGGGGACAUCAACAUAGGCGCAGUGUUAUCUAUACACAUAUCGGAAGAUAACCGAAAUUGCGGUAGAGGUAUUCCUUUAUUUCCGUCAAUAGAAUACGUACAAGCCGUUAUCUUUGCUAUCAACGAAAUUAACAACCGGUCCGAUAUCUUACCAAAUGUUACUUUAGGAACUGUUAUUUUGGAUGACUGCCUUAUGCCAUCAAUGGUGUUAGCGAGAGCAAUGCAGUUCAUGCCAGACCUUCACAAUUUCCAAAAUCAUUGCCCAAGUCCUCCAUGCUUCGAUCGCACUAACGAAACAAUACCGCCAUUUUAUGACGUUGUAAGCGUCAUAGGAUCGUACACGAGUUCUUUAAGUAUAGUUUUAGCCAAUGUAUUAGCGUUAUUCAAGAUACCGCAGAUUAGUCACACGUCCACGAGUGAUCUACUGAGUGAUAAGAAACGCUUUCCCUAUUUUCUGAGAAUGGUUCCACCGGAUAAGUACCAAGUUAAAGUUAUAGUGGACCUGUUGCAUUUCUUUAAUUGGAAAUAUGUCUCCGUCAUAUAUUCGGAAGGAAGUUAUGGGCAGGAAAGUGAAAGGCAACUCAUAAAACUCUUUCGGGAACUAGAUAUUUGUGUUGCGCAAUCUAUAGAAAUACGAAAUUCUAUGGGUAAUUCUCAGUAUGACAGUGUCAUCGAUUCGUUAAGAAAAUACAAGGGUGCUCGUGCAGUCGUAUUGUAUGCAGAUAGUGCACAUGCAGCUUCUGUUAUAAAAGCAGCAAAACGUAAAAACGCAUUUCGUGAAUUCUUGUGGACCGGAAGUGACGCAUUAAGCUUGAUAUUAGAUGACGAUUCAGAAUAUUGUAAUUCCAGCUUGGGUUCUCUUAGCGUUCGUCCUUUUUCAGCAAAUGUCCCACGAUUUUCUAAGUAUAUGAAAUCUUUACGUGAAACAGGAUUAUUUCAUGAGAAACAUCGAGUUGAGAAGGACGUUCAGUCCUGGUUACCAUACAACGUCACAUCCGGAAAAUUUACUGAACCGGAAAUGGAGAGAAGUAGUUUGCAUCAAAGCACAGAGGAUGAUAAUUAUGUUCCAAUAUUUGCGGCGUCAUAUGUGAUUGACGCAGUGUAUGCUUUUGCGCAUGCCUUGCAUGACUAUAUAAACAAGAACUGUGGUGAUUUAAAGGGUAAAGCAGUAAGGCAGUGUAUUCAAGGAGAAGGCCUCUUAAAGGCCUUAAAGGAAGUCACAUUUAACAGUUCAAUCGGUGAGAUAUCAUUUGACCAAAAUGGUGACGUAGUGGGUAAAUAUGAAAUACGUCAGUGUCAAAUGGUCGAAGGUACUCCGCGUCAUGAACAGGUUGGUAUGUGGGAUAUGAAAACAAAUGCAUUGUCUAUUGACAAGGAUAAAUUAAAAUGGUCAGAAUUUAAGAGAAGUAGUACUGGUAAUCGUUCAGAUAGUGACCAUUCCAUUCCAGAAUCGGUGUGUGCGGAACCUUGCAUCAGCGGUCAAAUAUAUUCCUUUUCGCGAGAAACAUGUUGCUGGAAAUGUGUAUCUUGUAAAAACAACGAAAUAACAUCUGUUAAUUCUACACACUGUGAAACGUGUGAGCUUUUAUUUUGGCCGGAUGAACGUACGCGUAGCAGGUGUGUAGAAAUAGUUCCCAGUUACGUCACUUUAGCAGACUUAAUAGCGUGUUCUAUUUGUAUAUGUGCCAUAUUAGGACUUAUUGUUGCCCUUUUUGUGGUCAUGUUAUUCCAUACUUAUAGACAUGAGAGAAUCAUUCGAUCAUCAAGUCGCGAAUUAAGCCAAGUGAUGCUUGUCGGUAUUUCUGUGGCAUUCAUGUUGGUGUUCAGUUUUUUGAGUGUACCAAACAGUGUGUCGUGCUACCUAAAUCACGUAGGUUUUAGUCUCACCUUCACGUUUGUGUAUGCACCACUUCUGGUAAAGACUAAUCGGAUUUACAGAAUCUUCAGGGCGGGAAGAAAAACAACCGCACUGCCACAAUGUACCAGCCCUACAUCACAAGUUGCCAUAGUAACGGGUAUUAUUUUCAUUCAGAUACUCAUUAUCAUUUUGUCAACAACUAUGUCACCACCAACAGUCAAGCUACGCAUGCCGAUUCGAACAGAGAAAUUUGUGGAAUUAUAUUGUGACAUGCCGUUAGCGGGUCUGUUGUCGUCAUUAUCGUUCAACCUAUUCUUGGUAAUGAUCUGCACCUUUUAUGCGUUCAAAACAAGGAAACUUCCGGAUAAUUAUAACGAAUCUCGUUAUAUCGCGUUCUGUGUGGAUACUACUUUGUUAGUGUGGAUAUCAUUUGUUCCCACUUAUUUCACGACAUCACGAGCUUAUUAUAAAGUCAUCAUACUAUCUUUAGCUUUAAUUGUGAACAGUGUUGUUAGCUUAAUGUGUUUGUUCGUGCCAAAGCUAUACGCUCUAUAUCAUCAAAAACAUCAGAAGGCGAAAAGUCAAGACAAGUGUUACAACCCACUCAAUAUUCGCACCGAGACUACUAGUUUAGGCGUUGUCAAUCGUUUCAAUAAUACCACUAACUUUAUGAAAUCCAAAUCUGUUAGUCAGCUCGUCGGUAGCCAAGAGAGCGCCACGUCCGUGGUUUCGAAUUCAGGCACAAUCCGAGAAACUAAAAGUGACUCUAAAUUAAAUGGCUCCACUGGUCAAGCAAACACGUCUUCAGCUGAAAAUUCAGAUUUAAGUGUCACAUAGUUUUUGUUUCAGAUUUACCGAAAUCUUUUGUGGAUAGAAUCAUUUAUAAUUUAAAUGAAAUGCUGCAUUCAUCUAUUAAAUCACAC